AGGCAGAACGCGCGAGAUCUGGCUCCGUGUGCGCGGCUUGCAAGACGGAGUCCCCGUGACUCUCAGGCUGCGCGAACUGGCAGGCUCUCGAGCGUCUUUGUGUGAAAUAUCUUGCCUGUUUCUGAAUUUCUCUGGUUUGAGAAUUAGGUUUCUAUUUAAUUUUACCCUGGAAAGACCCUUUGAACCCUGGAAAGACCCUUAUGAUGGGACUUUGAGGGAAGAGGAAGGCCUUGCCUCGGAAGGAGUGCUGGACAGGUUACCAGGACGCUCUCGAGAGAACGUGUCCUUCCCAGCUGAGCCAGGGCAUGAGUGGGAGACAAAGAGUGGCAAGGAACCAGGAGGAAUGGCUGUGGCAAGAGUGGAGGAUGUGGAGGCAGAAGAGGAAGGGUUCAGGUAUCAAUUGAGGGCUAUGAAAAAACAAAACAUUCAAACAGGAGGAAAGCCCUAUCAAUACUUGGAGUGUGGGAAGAGUGUCUCUCAGAAUGACAACCUUAAGUUUCACCAGAAAAUUCACAAAGAGGAGAAGCCAAAUAAAUGUUUGGAGUGUGGGAAGAGCUUCUCUCAGAAUCGCUACCUAACGAUACAUCAAAGGAUUCACACAGGGGAGAAGCCAUAUAAAUGUUUGGAGUGUGGGAAGAGCUUCUCUUGGAAAUCCGAUCUAACUGUACAUCAAAGGAUUCACACAGGGGAGAAGCCAUAUAAAUGUUUGGAGUGUGGGAAGAACUUCUCUCAGAAUCACCACCUAACUGAACAUCAACGAACUCACACUGGGGAGAGGCCAUAUAAAUGUUUGGAAUGUGGGAAGAGCUUCUCUAUUAAUGGCGGACUUACUCUACAUCAAAGAAUUCACACAGGAGUGAAGCCAUUUCAGUGCUUGGAGUGUGGAAAGCUCUUCUCACGGAAUUGCAGCCUUACUUUGCAUCGGAAGAUUCACACAGGGGAGAAGCCAUAUAAAUGUUUGGAGUGUGGGAAGUUCUUCUCACGGAAUUGCAGCCUUACUUUGCAUCAGAGGAUUCACACAGGGGAGAAGCCAUAUACAUGUUUGGAGUGUGGGAAGAGCUUCUCACGGAAUCAUCAUCUAACUGAACAUCAAAGGAUUCACACAGCAGAAAAGCCAUAUAAGUGUUUGACGUGCGGGAAGAGCUUCUCUCGGAAUGACAGCCUUUCUUCACAUCAGAAAAGUCACACAGGGGAGAAGCCAUUUAAAUGCUUAGAGUGUGGAAAGAGCUUCAGCCACAGUAGCCACCUAACUGUCCAUCGCAGAGUUCACACACUGGAAAAACCAUAUGAAUGUUCUGUUUGUAGGAAGAGCUUUUCUCAUAAAUCUGUCCUUAUUCAACAUAAGAGGGUGCACACAGGGGAGAAGCCUUUUCAGUGCUCAGAUUGUAGCAAGUGCUUUUCUGAUACAUCAGGCCUUUUUCGACACAAGAGAAUUCACACAGGCGAGAAGCCAUAUAAAUGUUUGAAGUGUGGAAAGAGCUUCAGUCGAAGUAACAGCCUUGCUAUGCAUCAAAACAUUCACACAAAGGAGAAACCAUACAAAUGCUCAUAUUGUGGCAAGAGUUUUUCUUUUACAUCAGGCCUUACUUAUCAUCACAGAAUUCACACAGGGGAGAAGCCAUUCAAAUGUGCAGAUUGUAGCAUGAGCUUUUCUGAAAAAAGAAGCCUUAUUCAACAUCAGAGAAGGCACACAGGAGAGAAGCCAUUCAAAUGCUCAGAUUGUAGCAAGAGCUUUUCUGUUAAAUCAAGCCUCAUUCAACACUGGAGAAUUCACACAGGGGAGAAGCCCUACAAAUGCUUGGAGUGUGGGAAGAGCUUCUCUUGGCACAGUGGCCUAAGAGUACAUCAGAGAAUUCACACAAAGGAGAAGCCAUACAAAUGCUUGGCAUGUGGGAAAAACUUCUCAGUGAGCAGCAGCCUAAAAAUACAUCAGAGGAUUCACACGGGGGAGAAGCCUUAUAAAUGUUUGAAAUGUGGCGAGAGCUUCUGUCGGAGAGACAGCCUUAAUUCACACCAAAACAUUCAUAUAUAAAUGCCGAAGGAGGGAGUUGUUGGAAUUCAACUUUCACUGUACAUAUGAAGACUGUGAUAGAGAAACUGUACAAGUGGAUUAGAUUGAAAUCAACUGGAUUUAAAUCAUUAGUAAGGUCGAUUUAAAUCAUGGUUUUCUAUAUAAAGGCUCAUUCUUGGCUGAUUUUUAUCAUCUUAAUAUUUACAACCCUGAUGAAGAUUUCAUUUUUAGAAAUGUCAAUCAUAAAAUUGUUUAUGUUCUUUUUCAGCAUUUCUUUAACUUUGUAUUGGAUUUUUGCUAAUGUUAUGUCUUUGUAAACUUGCAUUUAUUUCUCCUUUGGCAUUUUUUAUUGAAAUCUCACACAACGUAAUACGCCUUGAGUUUCAGUGAGCAAGGCAGAGUGUAAAUGACAUGAAUAAAUAAAUACCUAUUCUUAUAUUUGCUUAAACAUCCAUGUUAACUAAUGUGGUUAAACAAAAAUAUUUCCAAAUGGGAUCUCUUUUAAGGGUGAGAAUAAUAUGAAUUGCAGGCGCCUCUAGCAAAGAUCAAAAGACAUCUAGUGUCUUCUGUUCUAGAAGUUUCACUUUCAUUUGUAGUGUUUACUCCUUACACUUAGCACUUAAUAUUCUCUUACCAGAUCUAUUCCACCCCAAACAAUCUUUUAUUCAUUGACGAGCUUGGUAUCUGUGCUUUACUAUGGUAUUCAACUACUCUAAAUCCAGUUAUAAUAUUUAGGGGUAUGUAACAUUUUUUGUUUUUGUUUUUUUAAAUUGGCAAUCCUAGUGAAAUUUUAGGGAAAGACUGGGAGGUGCAUUUUACCUCAGAACACAUUCAAUUCCUUCUAAUAGUAACUGCAUACUAUUUAGAAUGCGGAGGUUGAGAAUCAAUCCAGCCACAUACAGAAAUGAUCUCUGAGUUCCAACUUCUUUGGGGUGGGGCGUGGUGUGUGGAACGUUGUGAACCCCAAUCUGCCUGCAUAUGCAAAUGACCUUGAAAGGCUGGCCCAAUCAGGGAAGAGUGGCCAAGCUGGCAGUGGGUGGGGGUAGAAGCAGGCAGUAGCCUGCCAGCCACACAGGGAAGCUGUAUCUCUGGAAAAACACAUUUUACCUCUUUUUACUCCAUUAGGGGGCGAAUUUCUUAAAAUCCCUUCUUAGUAGGUGAAAGGAAUCAUGAAAGGAAUGGAAUGUUCUCCCUAAAUUAUGUUUCUAGGCCCAGGAGUUUGGGCUGGGCAUUGAUGAGUCAGUCAAGACGCUUGUCUUUAUAUAUAGACGUUCUUGAAACUUAUCACUUAAGAGGUGAGGGGUUGAUCAUGUGUACAUGGGUUUGCAGAGGAAACAUAGGAUUGAGGUCUGUUUCUCAACUCUUAAUGUUUUUUUUAAAUGUUGCUGUUAAGAAGAGGCAUGUUAUCUGUGCAGAUGGAACUUGAGUUUAGAUAACUGCAAAACCAAUAGUUUGCCUUGGUGUUUUCUAAAUAGAAAAAUUACUCAAAAUAAUCUUACAAAACCCUCUGGGAGAUCAUGACAUAAGGGCCCUAAGGAAUGAAUUUUUUUUUUAAUAUCUAACAUAAAAAACUACAAAAGACUACAAAGUAUAAUGGGGGGAAAAAAAGAAAAGGAACUGGGAAAAAGGGAAGAGCAACAUACAGACAACAAACGCUACACUACAUAUCUUGUAUUCCCUUCAUGCUGCAAUUUUUCUUAAAAGUUAACUUUCUAAUAUGCUAUCAGAUUGGUAGAUCUUAUACAAUACAGACUAUGUUCAGGAUCAGGUUUUCCUCCCCCCCCCCCCCUACGUCUCGGUCUCAGUUCUCUCUGCGCAGCUGGAGCGGCUGUGCCCGCUCUCUCCUCCCCCCCCCCCACUUUCCCCUUCAGACUUUGGACUUUCUUCUUGCUGGAACUCCUGAUGGUUGAACAAAAAGUCUGUCAGCUGCGCUUCCGAUAUAAUCUUGUAGGUUUGAUCCUUAUAUCUAAACCAGACGCCUUCUGGAAACAACCAUUUAUAUUUUACAUCACAUUUCCUCAAGAAAGCCACAAGUCCUUUAUACUUAAAUCUUCUUUUACGAGCCAAAAAUGGAACAUCCUUCAAUAUUUUAACCUUAUUGCCCAAAUAAUCCAAGUCCACAUUGUACGAAUUAUAUAUUGUACGAAUGGAAUGUUCUCCCUAAAUUAUGUUUCUAGGCCCAGGAGUUUGGGCUGGGCAUUGAUGAGUCAGUCAAGACGCUUGUCUUUAUAUAUAGACGUUCUUGAAACUUAUCACUUAAGAGGUAAGGGGUUGAUCAUGUGUACAUGGAUUUGCAGAGGAAACAUAGGAUUGAGGUCUCUUUCUCAACUCUUAAUGUUUUUUUUUAAAUGUUGCUGUUAAGAAGAGGCAUGUUAUCUGUGCAGACGGAACUUGAGUUUAGAUAACUGCAAAACCAAUAGUUUGCCUUGGUGUUUUCUAAAUAGAAAAAUUACUCAGAAUAAUCUUACAAAACCCUCUGGGAGAUCAUGACAUUAGGGCCCUAAGGAAUGAAUUAAUGGCAUUCAUUUAUAAUUUUUUAAAACAUUGUAUGAAUAUAAAGUGUCAUACUACAUAAUUCAAAAUUAAUCCUUAUUUCAUGAUGGGCUUUGGGCUAUAAUGUAUCUUAAAUACAAAACGAUCUUUAGGUAGAUUUUAAUUCAAAAACAUUUCACCCCAAAAUUCAAUUUGAAUAAAAAUGUGUGUGUUAAGUGCCACUAAGUUGCCUCCAACCUAUGGAGACCCUAUGAAUAAAAGACCUCCAAAAUGGCAUAUUGUUGAGAGACUUGCUCAGAUCCUGCAAACUGGAGGACGUGGCUUUGUUUUAUUGAGUCAAACCAUCUUGUUUUAGGUCUUCCUCUUUUACUGUCUUCUACUUUUCUUAGCAUUAUUGACUUUGCCAGAGAAUCUUGUCUUAAGAAAAAUCCAAUUAAAAUUUCUAACAGCAAAUUUUAUUAUUUUUAAAUCAACUUAAACCACCCUGUUAUCUUCUGUCUUUUUCCUCUUUUUUUCUCUUCUGCUUUUGCUCUGCUGUAACUCUGUUUUGGCUGUUAUGGAUGGGGUCAUUACAGCUGUUAUGCAACUUUCUAAUCCCUCCGUUUUGAUACACUUGAUGUGUUGUAGUGCUGUAUAGGUUCCAUAAGAAAUUAUCUGUUAAUCACGCUGAGUUGGUUCCAGGUUGCCCGUGCCGUGUAAGCCUCCCUGUUUGAACCAGAUGGAUUUUCGAGUGCCUGUUUUGUUCUCAGGUUGAAGCUCCCAGCUCUCUUUCUGAAGACAUUGUAGUUCUAUUAUUUGUAUUAUGCCAGCUUUACUAAUUAAAGAAUUUCCUUGUGAAUGUUC